UGAGAAACUGGAAGAUGGUAGUUGUGUGAGGAAAACUUAGAAGGAGUCGGAUUUCAGUGCUGGAGCCUGACUUGUAGGAUUGCAGUGACUCACAGAGAGCCGGCCUGAGUGAGAGCUGCCUUUGUUCCACUUGCACUGAAGGGCGGGUGAGGGAGAACCCAAAAGCAGCCGCAGCCGCCGCCUCUGCCUUUUGCUUUCUAUAUGCAGACAGCUGGAGCAGUCUCUCCCCCUGAAUACCUGGUUUUACAAAAUGCCCUUUAGCCAUUCUCAGAGGCCAUGGACUUUGCUUCUGCUACUUUUGGGUUCAUCGCUCCCUACUGCUCUACCAACUCAGGUCAUAGAAGAAAGGGGAUCAAAGGGGAAUCUUGACCUAACAGAACUAAUAGGAGUUCCACUGCCACCUUCUGUCUCCUUUAUCACUGGAUAUGGAGGAUUUCCAGCUUACAAUUUUGGACCAGAAGCAAACAUAGGCCGCCUGACAAGAACUUUGAUACCUCAGCCAUUCUACAAGGAUUUUGCAAUCACUGUUACCGUCAAACCAAAUAGUGACCAUGGAGGGGUAUUGUUUGCCAUAACUGAUGCCUUUCAGAAGACAAUAUACUUGGGCAUCAGACUAUCGCCUGUGGAUGAUAACACACAGAGAAUCAUUAUGUACUACACUGAACCAGGUUCUCACAUAUCCCGAGAAGCUGCAUCCUUUAAAGUCCCAGUGAUGACCAACAAAUGGAAUCGCUUUACUAUGGCUGUAGAGGACAAUGACAUUGUCUUGUUCAUAGACUGUGAGGAAUAUCACAGGGUCAGUUUCCAGAGAUCGCCUCAUGCCUUGCUCUUUGAAUCCAGCUCAGGAAUAUUUGUUGGGAAUGCAGGAGCAACAGGACUAGACAGAUUCACUGGCUCCAUUCAGCAGCUGACGAUCAAGCCUGAUGUAAGGGCGACUGAAGAUCAAUGUGAAGAUGACGAUCCGUAUACUUCAGGAGAGAGCAGUGGCCGUGACAGCGUCCAGGAACAGGAGGGUAUCUCUGAGACACAGGAAGUUAUUUGGCCCUCACAAGCCCCACCUGGGAAUUCAUCGGAAGAAACUACUGCUGGACCAGUAAGUGCACCACCAACUACGUCACUUCCUUCUGAAGAGAUGGAUUUCUCAGGACAAUAUCUUUUGGAAGAAACAGUGAGACCAACUGAAAUCAAAGACCAAGGUGUAACCACUAUAGCAAUAAACAGACCAAAAAGUGAAUCUACCACUAUAGCUCAGGAAAUAUUGAAAACUGAAGCAGAGCCUCAUGAUAGUGUUCUGCAAGGUGCAAACAAAGAAAAAGGAGAAAAAGGUGAAAACGGUCAAAAGGAGAAAGGAGGAGUACCCGGACCUCCAGGAGAAGCAAGCCUGGAAGAAACACAACCUGGGACAAUAGGGCCACCCGUUACGCCAGGAACUUAUGGAUCACCUGGCUUAAAGGGAGAGCCUGGUCCUAAAGGAGAAAAGGGAGAUACUGGUGUUGGACUUCCAGGCCCUCCUGGACCUCCAGGGCCGCCAGGACUGCCUGCUUCAUCUAAGGGAUUUAGAAGAGUGGAAAUAGAAGGCUCUGGAUCUGGAGACUUUGGCAAAGACAUAGAAUUUCCCAGGGGUGCCCCUGGGCCUCCAGGUCCUCCAGGUCCACCUGGUGCUCCUGGAAUCCCAGCACCUGAUUCAAAUGCAGGCCCACCAGGAUUUCCAGGAGAAAAUGGGAAAGAUGGAGCAACUGGAGAAGCAGGCCCUCGCGGUUCCCCUGGUCGUUUUGGUCAAGACGGACUGAUUGGUUUUGCAGGAAUAAAGGGAGAAAAAGGUGAUCAAGGUAUACAGGGACCAGUUGGAAGAAAGGGUGAUCCAGGAGUGAUAGGACCACCAGGCCCUAAAGGCCAGGCAGGAGCUAAUGGGGAACCUGGGCAACCAGGGCCUCCUGGACCCCCAGGACCACCGGGCCCAGGUUAUGGGUUUGGAUUCGAGGAUAUGGAAGGAUCAGGAAUCACUGGCUUGUCAAGUGAAUCUCGAAUCCCAGUAUCCAGGGGGCAAAACGGUCCAGCUGGAGAGAUGGGCCUACAGGGACCAAUAGGACCAAAGGGAGAUAAAGGAGACCCUGGAGUAGAAGGCUCACCUGGUUCAAAGGGAGAACAAGGUCCAGAAGGAAGGCCAGGAUUUCCUGGUGUUGCUGGGCGCCCUGGUGAUGAAGGGCCCAAAGGAGAUAAAGGUGACCCAGGUUCCAAGGGUGAAGCAGGACAAGAUGGUGCUAGGGUUGUGGGUCCACCAGGUCCUCCCGGACCACCAGGUCCUGUUAUAGCCAUUCCAAGGUCUUUGCUCAAUGCUUCAGGCCUAACUUUCAACAUUUCUGAAAUCAAAGGACUUGUCGGGCCUCCAGGUCCAGAUGGUAUGCCAGGCCUGCCAGGAUUUCCUGGCCCUAGAGGACCCAAAGGAGACACUGGGUUAGCAGGUUUACCGGGUCAGAAAGGAAAACAGGGAGAAAAGGGUGAGCCGGGAGCUAUCUUUGCUUCAACCGACUCAUUAACAGAAUUGAUAAGAAGACCAGGAGAAAAGGGUGAACCUGGAGUACUGGGACCACCAGGGCCAAUGGGGCCACCUGGAAAUCCAGGCCCAAAAGGAGAACUUGGCUUUCCUGGACGGCCUGGACGUCCUGGACUAAAUGGACGGAAAGGCAUAAAAGGUGAACGAGGUGUAACACUAUAUGGCCUCCCUGGUCUUCCUGGACCUCCUGGCCUUCCAGGCCCUCCGGGUCGUGUAGUAUAUAUUAAAGGAACAGUUUUCCCAAUUUCUCCCAGGCCUCAGUGCAAAACAACAGUAGGAACGGAUAACCUUGGAAACCAAGAAAUAACCGACGGUUCUAGGAGUGUAAAUGUUGUACCAGCCUUCAAAGGUGAAAAGGGAGACAGAGGUCCUCCAGGGCCACCAGGUCAUCCUUUGCCAUCACAAUAUAUUGACUUCUUAAAUGUCAUGAAGGGUGAGAAAGGAACAAAUGGAGAAAAGGGAGAACCAAAUGGAGGGUUUUCAAUGUCAGGAAUACCAGGACUUCCCGGAAGACCAGGACCAGUGGGUCCAAAAGGUGACACCGUUAUUGGACCUAGAGGCCCCCCAGGGGUACCUGGCCUGCCUGGACCUCCAGGGUUUGGACCAGCUGGGCCGCCUGGUCCCCCAGGGCCUCCAGGGCCUCCAGGACCUCCUGCAAUAUAUGGUUCAGCAGCAGUAGCAGGCCCACCAGGACCUCCUGGAGAACCUGGAUUACCAGGAACCAGGAAUCUGGUUAUGACACUAAGAAAUGUUGGCAACAUGCUACAAAAUGUUCACUUAGUUUCAGAAGGCACAUUGAUCUAUCUUAGUGAAACUAGUGAAGUUUUCAUUCGUGUUCAAGAUGGAUGGAAAAAAAUGCAGCUUGGUGAACUUAUUCCCAUCUCUGCCGACAGCCCUCCACCUCCAGCAGUUUCAAGCCCGGGAUCUCUACACCAUCCAGCAUCAGGUCCAGGUCCUAACAGUGGAAGACCAAGUCUUCAUCUGGUGGCUCUGAAUACCCCGUUUUCUGGUGAUAUGCGAGCUGACUACCAGUGCUUUCAACAGGCCCGGGCUGCUGGGUUAACAUCAACAUACAGAGCUUUCCUGUCUUCACAUCUUCAAGACCUUUUGACAGUUGUCAGAAAAACUGACCGAUAUCAUCUGCCUAUAGUUAACCUUAAGGACGAAAUAUUGUUCGAUAAUUGGGAGGCCAUUUUCUCUGGCAAGGGAGGCCAGUUUGACCUCCGGAUUCCAAUAUACUCCUUUGAUGGCAGAAAUGUCUUCACAGAUCCAGCCUGGCCUCAAAAAAUCAUCUGGCAUGGUUCAAGUCCAAACGGAAUACGACAAAUUAGUAACUACUGUGAAGCUUGGAGAACAGCAGAUCUCGCCGUUAUGGGACAAGCAUCACCUCUGCAGUCUGGAAAGCUUUUGGAUCAAAAAGCAUAUAGCUGUAGCAACAAGUUUAUUGUCCUUUGUAUUGAAAACAGCUAUAUCUCAGAUAUCCAAAGGAAAUGAUAUUUUCCUCUGUCCCAUGAAAAUUUAAUUUUUUAAUUAUAAUUUUGAAAUGAUGUAAAUAUUGUAUUGAAACCGUGUACUUUAAAAAAGGGUAUUAACCAAAGAAAGCAUACCUCAGUGCAGAAUCUUAUUCCAAGAUGAUGAAAUUCAUUUUGCAAAACAUUCCAGCCCAUGCAGAAACUUGGUAAGAGAUUAGUAAGGGUAAACAAACAUAUAGAAGUGCCUGGGGCCUCUUCUAUGCUGCCAUAUAAUCCAGGUUAACAAACCAGAUGGUCCACGUUAUCUGCUUUGAGCUGGAUUAUAUGAGUCUACACUGCCAUUUAAUCCAGCUCAAAGCAGAUAAUCUGGAUUUUAUAUGGCAGUGUAGAAGGGGCCUGAGCCAUAUGGCACUUGUCAGUAUUAUAAGCCUGGUUGGGUUAGUUCCUAAAUGGUAUUGUGCAGAUAUCUGGUGUGGAGUGCAAGCAAAAUGGAUCACUCCCAUUGGUGCAGUGGCCCUACAACAUUUGUAUGGAGUAAAGAAGAGUGUGCUGGAGCCCAUAGAUUUCCAUAAAGACUUCUGCUAGAUUAAAGAAUAUUGAAUUGUACUAGCUCCAGUAUCCUCUUGUCCCAGUUGUAGACAAACCCUACCCCAGGGUGCAAAAAGCUCUGUCAGGUUCAUCCAGUGAGAUUUUGAUCUUCUUCUUUGAAAUUUUUGAUCUUUUUCCUUCUGUGGGAAUCACAGAUCUGGAGACUGCAGAUCCAGAGGGCCCACUGUAUCAAUGGGUCAUAUUGGAAAAUGUUAUGAGACACUCCUUUCCUUUCCAAACCAGCUUGCUGUAAAACAUGGGAAAUGGAGAUGUUAAUCUCCAAAAUGCUCUUGGACAUGUGGGAGUUGUGUAUCAUUGUGCAAAACCUGGUCUAAAAAAGGAGGCCAUUAUUAUUAUUAUUU